GCGACUAGAAAGUCUCCCGUCUAUAGACAGAGCGACCAAAUACAACCCUAUGUAUGAAAGUGAAGCCACAACAGGCUACAGCCACUACUACCGCCGUUACCCCGAACCUCCGGUGUACAGCAGCGCCAGCGCCGAGGCCUCCACGGACUUCAGCAGCGAGGAGAUACAGCACAUCUACGAGAACAGCGAGCUGACCAAAGAGGAAAUCCAAGACAGGAUCCGCAUCAUCGAGCUGUAUGCGAAGGACCGGCAGUUUGCAGACUUUGUGCGACAGCAUCAAGCUGUCAUGGAGACGCGACGAGAAAGCUCUUCUGUGCAGACAUGAAGCUGUCAUGUGGACAACAAGGAACACCCUUCCCUGAUUUAAAACAGCCCCCUCUCAGGACCUGUUCUCCACACUCCUCAGAGCCUGGAUUGUGUUGCUGGACCUUCUUCCAGCACUUUUAGAACCCGGACAGUAACGCUGCAGCUGCUCCGGUCCGCCUGCGCAGCGGUGUUUAUCCACCUUCCAUUGUGCCUUUUCUCGACUGACUGAACUUAUCUUGACAUUGUGGUCUGUGUCUGCUGCUGACCUGCUGGACUCGAUUCUGUAGGCCCACGUUCAGUUACUUGAAGUUCUGUCAGAAACACAAAUACCAAACCAAGAUUGUUUUAUGUAUUAUUGCUUCAUGUUGUAAAUGCCUUCUCAUGAAAGGGAAGAACAUCAACUAUAAAUUUAUAUUUAGUUAAAGCGAUGAUGGUUAGACAUUGUUAGAUUUUUCUGUUUUCUCUUUUUAGUGUUUAUCACACAGGGAUUGAAGGAGCUGUUUGUUUUUAGUCACCGGUGCUAUUUCAGUUUAAAUGCUCCUUAAAAUGUACAUUUCAUUUCAAAGCAGGACCAGUGGACAAACGUUACAGAAAAAUAAAACCGUUUGGGCGAAUUAUUUGAGAGGCUAAACGGCUGUUUCAUCAUUCGCUCACUGAUGCGUGUUGUCCUGCUGUGUAGCCGAGCCGCACCACAUCAAACACACAUC